AUGAACAAAUUUACAUUAAGAUUUCCACCGUAACUGGAGAGUAAAUAUGAAGAAUUUACUAGAGAAUCAUGUUUAUUUCAUUUUAAAUAUUAUCAACCAAUCUUAAUUAUCAUCAAUUUAAGUGUUGCUAUAAUAUAACUAAAAGGAGGAUAGAUAGCAAAUGGACUAUUGGAAUCAAUCACAACAUUGUUUUUUAUUUUACAAAUUCCUUUUAUUAUGAAAUUUCGUAAAGGAAAGAAUAUAGGUGGUAUAUUUGUAAUGAAUAAUUUGAUUAUGACUGCAAUAUAGAUUUUAGUGGAUAGAAAUACACCUGAAUAUGAUAAUUAAUAUAUAUCAGGAUGCGGAAUUGUAAUUAUCAAUAUUACAUUAUUGGAACAUUAUGAUUUUGUAUGGAACGCUUUUUCUUUAAUUACUAUUACAACUGCUCGUUUAAUUUAUAUUUUAUUUUAUUUUUCUUUCGAUGGAAUGGCUAUUCUUUACAUAGUUGUAUCACUAUAUUUAUUCAUACUACUAUAUAGAAAAUCAUAUAUGAAGAGAGCUUUAUUUAUAUAAUAUGAGAAUGAAAAAGAAAUAAGUAUUUAUUAGACACUAUUAAUAUAGGAAAUAUUUUAAAUGAAAUAAUUGAAAAUAUUUAUAUAUAGUUUAAAUUUGAUAAAAAAUCAUUUUAAUUUGAAUUAAAGUAUGCAAACUUUUAUGCUGAGCAAAAAUUAGGAAUCUCUUGCAAUCAAGAUUUUAAAGAUUUCUUACAUCAAUACUCUAUUUAUGAUACAUCAUAAAAAGAAAAAGGUAAUUUAAAAUUAAUUCAAAAUCAACAACGUAGUAUUGCAUUAGAUUCUCAAUAUAUAGGAUAAUUUUUAUAUGAAAAAAUGAUUAUAUAGAAAACUCCUUAAAAAAAGAUUGAAUCAAUUAUUCAAAAAAAUAGUUCGAAAUAGUUAUAUAAUAUAAAAGUUUAUUCUUAUUAAAAUGAAAAUAGGGAAAUUUUAAUGUUAAUGGAAUAAAGAUAAGAUAUUUUACAUGAUGAUGAAAAAUUGAAAUAAAAAGAUUAGGAAAUAAAAUUAUUAUCAAGCAAAUUAGAUUAGAUUAAUUUAAGAACAAACAAAUAAUUAUUUUAAUUAUGUUAAUUAUAAUAAAAUUGUGAUGAUAGAUAUUAUUUAAAAGUUAGUGAAUCUUUAAUAAGUGGAUAGAUUAUAUCAAAUACAAAGAUUAAAAUGAUCUUAGAUGCAUUUUAGAUCUAUUAUUUUAAAUUUAAUCAUUCAAAUUUAGAAACAUUUUCAUUAAAGAAUCUAAUAUAUUAAUCUUUAAUGAUUAUGAAUACUGUUGCUGAUGUAGAAAAUAAAUCUAUUUAAUUUGAAUCUAAUUUAUCAGAACAUUUUGUUAUUACAUCAAUAUAACAUAUAAUCUAAUUUAUAUUCUCAAAUCUUUUAUAUUUAUUUCUUAUUUAAAAGUCUCAUAAACAUAUUAAAAUAGAAUUAAAUAAUCUCAACAAUGAUUAAUGUAUAGCUAUAAACUUUUAUAUUGAUGGUUUCAUUUCAUUAGAAUUCUUAAGAUAAAAUACAUUUAUUAUUUAAAUGAUAUAUAAAGGAUUAUAAAUAGUUGGACCAAAAGCAGAAAUUACUACUACCUCAUUCUCUUUAGAUACAUGUAUAAUUAUUAUAUCUAUUUUAGGUCCUUAUUUAUUAUAUGUUAAGAUAUAUAAAAACCUAGAUUAUGUUCUAAAUGAAUGA